CUGUAGUACCAUGCAACGCCGAGUGGACAAGAGGUGGUAAAGUAGAGGCACGGCAAGAGUUUUCAUAACGGGCAGCUACAGACUGUACAGCGAGAGAUGGAACUGCUGAAUCAGUGAAACUGCAUGAGAAGUUCAAAGACUUAAAACAGACCGUGCUGUGUUAGAGUUCACUCCUUUUGCAGGGUUUAAAGCCACAGCUGCCCCUUUACAGCUCAGCAAGCCAGAAAAAUUAGCCAGAUGGAGGAAGACAAGGUGGCGUGUUUACCAAGGUUGUCCCGCGUCGCUGUGUGUGGCGGUACGCAUGGCAACGAGCUGUCUGGGGUGUACUUGGUGAGAGAGCUGCUGAAGGCGAAGAAGAAAGUGAUGGAGGAGAAGGAGCCAGUGCUGAUGGUGCUGUCGAACCCCCGGGCCAUGCAGCAGUGCAGCAGAUACAUAGACACAGACCUGAACCGUUGCUUCACCCAAGCCACCCUCAAUGGUCCCACAUCAGACUUGGCCCCCUAUGAGAUAAGCAGGUCCCGACAACUGAAUGUGAUGUUGGGUCCCAAAGGCAGUCCUGAGGCAGUGGAUCUCAUUUGUGACCUCCACAACACCACUGCCAACAUGGGCCUGUGCCUCAUCACAUACUCUGACAGUGAUUGGAUUUGCCUGCACAUAUUCAGACACCUACAGAGGCAGAUGCCCGAUGUACCAAUGAGGUACAUCAAUUUUGACGUCUCGCAUAAAGAAUCAUAUUCCCUUGAUUCAGUUGGAAAACAUGGUUUUGCGAUGGAGAUUGGCCCUCAGCCCCAUGGUGUGGUGAGGUCUAACAUCUAUAGAGUGAUGAAGGAUGCAGUGCUGCACAUGCUCGACUGGGUCCAUUUCUUCAACUCGGGGACCAUUUUUGAAGGAGGAUUUGUGGAUGUGUUCACUGUGGUCAGACACAUUGACUACCCAAGAGAAAGGGAGACUCGUAACAUCAUAGCAGCUAUUCAUCCUCAACUCCAGGACAGAGACUUCUGCCUGCUCCACCCAGGUGAUGCCCUGUUCCAGACGUUCUCAGGAGAAACACUGAGUUACAACGGCAAUGAACCUCUUUAUCCUUUCUUUGUCAACGAAUGUGCUUAUUAUGAGAAGGGCAUUGCUCUCUACCUGGCGAGAAAGAGGCACGUGAUGAUUCCUGUGAUUCGGGUGCAGACAGAGAAGGAGCAGCAAAUUAACAAAGAGGGAUUUGAAUCAGAGGAAGAGUGAGCAAGGCCUUUUGAAACACAAUGAUACUGGUGUGACUUUGUGGAAUAAAUUGUUUUGUUUUUUAGUUGGGGUUUUUUUUUUUGGAAAAAAGAAGCUUUUAUUGAUAGAACAGUCAAUUGUCAACACGUGGAGAAUGGACAACAGUCACAGGAGAUUGGGAACAAAUCCACAGCCAAACAGUUUUUACAUUAACACUACUGGGUUCAUAGAUAGAGUUUAUUGUCUGUAAAGGCUGAUUUUAUCAAAUACAAUCUGACAGAGAUCUCACAUAGAUGCGUCGUUUCACAGACAUUAUUCUACAGACCUUGUUGAGUGUUGUUUCGCUUCAUUAAUGGGUAAUAAUGAUGUUAUUUUUCUUAAAAUGUGUUUAAUUACAGGGAUAUUUUCAAGGUCAAAAAAUAUAAAUUCACUACUAGGCAUUACAGCAAUAUCCAGAUAUGUUCAGAAUUGGCAUUUAAAGUACAUUCAUAAUGCAGAACAGAGAUGGCUCAGUACCCUUACAUUGCAGUGACUGUACUUAGUUGAAAAUAGCAGUAGCAAAAAAGGAAUGACAAAAAUCUAAAUACAGAUAUAAAUCAAAUAAAUAACAAACACAACUGAAUUCACAACAUGGAUGUGGAAACUCAUUUAUGAGCAUGCGAGGUCAAGAAAACCAAACACAAACUGGUGAAGAAACACUAUCACUGUUGAGUACAUGUAACUUUGUUCUAUUCUACAAAAGUCAGUCAAAACAAUAAUAUGCAUGUGACCUCAAAGGUUUCAACAAAUAAAUAAAUGUCAAUUAAGUUUU